AUGACGAAAAUAAUAAUCGCUACUGAGCCUGCAAGAUCUCCCGCGACUAGAGCUAAAACUAAACCUACUAGAAAUAAGUCGAGAUGUUGUACUUUGAUUUCAUAUUCACUUCUACCUUUGUUCUUUCUUCUCCUAACAGGAGCAGUUAUACUAUGCGUGUAUUUACCGUCAAGUGAUGAGGAUGAGUUCUCUCCUACUAGUAACAGCUCUAAUGUACAAGCCAUUCUCAUAGCUGGUUCAAGUGGAAUUAGUAACUACAGACAUCAAGCUGAUGUUGCCUUGACAUACCAUUUGCUACUCAGAAAAGGAGUGCCGAAACAGAACAUCAUCACAAUGAUGUUUGAUGAUAUUGCACAUCAUCCAGAUAAUCCCUACAAAGGAGAAUUGAGGAGCUCACCAUUCGGACCAAACCUCUAUAAAAACUUGAGAGUUGAUUAUAAAGGCAACGAUGUGAAUGUCAAUGUUCUUAAAGCAGUUUUACUAGGAGAUAAAUCGGCAGUAACAUUUAAAGGAACAUCAAGAGUUUUGAAAAACACUCUUGACCGCCACGUCUUCUUGUACUACUCUGACCAUGGACAUGGGGGUAUACUUGGAAUGCCGUCAGGUGAUUUUCUUACGAAGAGGAAAUUCCAACAUAUAUUAUCGUCGAUCAAGUUCAACGCAAUGGCUGUAUAUCUAGAAGCGUGUCAAGCAGCCCAAAUGUUCGAAGGCUACGAAAACAACGACAAAGUUUACGCAUUGGUAGCUUCAACUGCUUACCAAAGCUCCUAUGCAGCUAACUGUCGUUCAGGAAUAUGUUAUUCUGAUGAUUUCACUCUGACUUGGACAAACGAUACUUUGAAACAUGACAUUAGGAGACAUACUCUUGGAGCUCAAUAUAAAAACGUUAGAAACUAUCUUAGAAGCUCCACAGCUUGCAGCUUUGGUAGUUUAUCCUUAGAGCGAGACUGGGUUCAAAACUAUCAAGGUGGCAGGCACGGAAUAACUUACCCUGAACCCAGUCUAAAAAACCUCUCAAGCUUGUUCAGUCCAAAUGAAAGUAAAUUAUCGACGCUGGAAAAAAGUUUGGCCGAUGAAAGCGCAAUGUUUUCUAUACCUUCCACUGAUAUCGCUAUUUAUUCCGCUCAAUGGAAACAGAAACUUGCCAAAUCGCCAGAAGAGAAGAUCAGAGCCCAACAAGAGCUGGACGACAUAGUUUCUGGUCGUAUAUUAGCCGAGGAUUUAAUAUCUGAUAUUUCAAACAAGUUGAAUGGAACAGUCUCGCCGAGUAACGAAACCAACGCUAAGGACUCUGAUUGCUUCGAAAGAGUUCUAGAAGAGUUUUCCAGUAAAUGCUUCGCCCUAGGAACAAACACAUACUUCACAAGGAUAAUUUCACAACUCGAGCAGUACUCAGUAGAGAUAAACUGUGACUCUGUCAUCGAAGUUAUCGCAAAUCAGUGUGUUAAUACUGUUGGAAUGCCUAACCUACGACCUCGCGGUACUAACAGGGUGGUGAAUGUUCCUAGCGGAAUGGCAGCAUCUACCAGAGGUCGCAGGAGGAGAGCAGAGCCAGAAACAGACCCAAGUUUCCGAUCUCCAUCUAGGCUCCGAAGAAGACAAAUGAAUAAUACCAUAGUAAUUGAUGAUAGCUUAGAAGAAAUUGAGGACAACGACGAAAGUAUUAUUCUCAAUGAGGACGACACUGAAGAUGAUCUCGAUGCUCUCUCUGAUGUAUAUAAUUCCAAUGAAGACAGUUUUGAUAAUGAAGUUGAUGAAAUCAGUUCAAUAGAGGAAAAUGAUGACAACACAACGGAUACUAGUGGAGAGAGUAUUACGAGUACUGAUAUUGAUGAGAGCUCAAACGGAGAAAAUGAAACCGAUUCGAUGUCGAGUUUCUUAGACGAUGACAGUGAUAGAGAUUCAUCUACACCUACCAGCAGCUUUGAUGAAAACUGGGGUCCCGGAAGUCCUCUUAUUAUAUCUCUCAUGAAUCAUCUCCAUAAUCAGGCUGGAGAUGACUAUGAUAGGAAUGAAUAUGAACCCGUUGACGAUGUUGAUUUCACGGUUCCGUCGGCUAAGGAACUCAAUGAGUCGCUCAUAAGAUCCUCAGAGCAUGGCGACUGUCCUAUUUGUUUCGACGAUGUUUCUGUUGAUCCCGUGGGAUGCAUUUACUGUAGGAAGUUUGUUGGAUGCCGACAAUGUAUUCAAAGAUGGGUUUCAUCUGCAAAGGCAAAAAAAGCAGAGGAUUCAGGAGCUAAUUGUACAAAUCAUUAUGCAUGCCCACUUUGUCGACACGAAUGGGGAGAAAUCCCCGAAGUGGAAAGUAUUUUCUUAAUAGAGUUCCAGUGA